AGUGAUGACCAAGCAUCGACUGGCUCCCAAGAUGGCGAGGGGCAAAAACAAUGAGAGCGCAGUCCGUUAUGGGUAGCCAUCAUAAGUUGAGCUGAAUGUCUUUUUGGCGGUAUGUGCAUACAGAAAGCUGGGCAGGAUGUAUUUUGCAAAAGCCAGAAAACAGAUGGAGGAGCAGGAUAUGCAAGAAGUGCAAGAAAAGUUGGAAAAAUACCAGCGUGCCGACACGGCUCGAGUCCUGCAACAGGCAAAGAGUUCGCGAACCGAAGACAGCAGCAGCCGACAAACACGGGAUGAUUUUCGACCCGAGGAAUUACCGGAUGGAGCAUUCGUUAGUCCCAAGCAUACCCCAUCGCAUUCUGCUUCAGUUUCCAAAUCAGAUCCUGCAACUUUUUCCAGUGUAGCAGAGUACAUCGGGUCGUUCUCCGUGACGGGCACAGAUGAAGAUGCGAGAGCCAGGGUGGUGGAGACGCAGCUGCAAGCUCUUCGGUCUGUAACAAAAAGCAAGAAAGUGGUCUUGAUCAUCUCUUUGGGUGGUGUCAAGGUGUUCAGCAGUGAUUUACAGACACUGUACAUGUUUCAUGAGUUGAAGCGAAUAGCAUAUGCAACUUGUGAUCCGGAUCACUGUCAGUUCUCUUUUCUGGCAAGGGAGCCCAAGGGGCAGAUGAAUCUGCAGUACUGCCAUGUAUUCACCACACUGACACCAGACCAGGCAACAGAACUAAACACCAUAAUUGGCAAUGCAUUCAAGAUGGCUUAUGCUCAGCAACGAGAACGUCAGCCUACAUUCCAUGAGUUGAUUGAAGCACAGGUGGCAGAACAGAGAGCAAAGUUUCUUGAGAUUGAAAAGCAAGCCCAGGCAGAGCUGCAGCGGAAGCUUGCAGAAAUUGCACGCCCUACCCCAUUCUCCCAGCAGGCCAUCCAGCGCAUGGAGCAGAGGCGGCAGGCUCAGGAAGAUUUGACUGCAGAGCCAGAAGUUGUAGGCAGACAGAGGGUGUGGGCCAAGCAGGCAGUGGACAAGGUACAGCAUAGAUUUUCCCUCCAUGAGGUCAGCAUGCCUUCUACUUCCCAACCGAUACCAUCUCGCCUCAGUGAGCCACAUGCUUUGCCCUCCUCGAGUUCUGACAAAUCUGCAAAAGGAGCAGGUGGGGGAAAGUCAUAUGUGCACAAAAAUAUCACCAAACACAACUCUGCCCCACUUUUCCCAGCCCAGCUUCCUUCCCCUAGCGAUGAGCCGCCUGCACAAGGGAGCAGGUGUCGUGUGUCAUACCCCACCACCCACUGUCAGCACAGGCCAUUCGAGUGUCCAUCGAGUCCAAGAAAGAUUCCAAAUUCAAAGGGUCCCCUGUCACUGUGCUCAAGAAUGAGAUUGACCGCAGGUUUCUUUCAAAUGGGUGCGAAACACAGCCAGUCGAACCGACAUCCACGGCAGCAGCAUCGUUGUGCCUUGAUGCAAGUGAGAGGGAAACAGAUCAGAAAGCCGUCAGACAUGAACAGGUGCGGCACCAGAUCCACAUGGCGAACAGGCCCCUCCCAUCAGUGCCUCCCAGUUUUAGCCCACCACCGCAAGCAGCACGAGUCAGCGGCAGCAGCAGCAGCAACAUCAGCAACAACAAUCAGCCCAAGGCGACCCCCAGGCAGCGACCUUCCUCCAGCUACCAGUGGCGCAGCGUGGACGACCACAGUAGCUUGCCCUCCUCUUCCUCCUCACCUGCCCCUCUGUCCUCGCCCAAACCGAACAAUGGUGUAGCCAUUCGUGCUUCGCCCCACAAGAAGCAGCCGCGGCCGCUGAGUGAAAUCGCCACCGGCUCUGGCGGCGUUGUCGCAAGCGCUGGUGGUGGUAGUGGCACCAGUGGCGUGCGGGUGUUCGAGUCGCGGGUGCUGGAGAGCCGCUACCA